UCUCUUAAAGCCCACGCUCGUACCGGUGUCAUUUAAUUUGGAAAGCUAUUAUUGGAAAUAGCGGUUAGUUAAAAAUGAACCAAAAUGUACGAGUUGUUUCUCCGGAAAGCGAUUCCAAGUGUGUCUUCGAUACAUGCUGCUGCUGUAUACCACUGAGGACGGGAUGCCUGAUCCUCGCAUACCUGCAAUUGGUUAGCUUUAUAGUAGCUGGUAUUUUCGGCUUGUUGAGCCUGGCAGCCGGGCUGGUGGUGAUAAACUCCGAGGUUGAAGAGGAUAGCAAAUACCUUGGCAAAGUGAUCGUAAUUUUCGGCGCUCUAACUCUGGUCGCCAUACUGAUCGCUUUGCCGUUCACCAUACUUCUCCUCGUUGGACUACACAAGGAGAAACGCAACCACAUCAGGGUCUACCUCAUAUUCGCUGUUGUUUGCCUGGUGCUGAAUGUAAUUCUCCAGAUCAGUAAAUUCUCCGGAGGCUACGCUUCACCCAAGGAGAUCCCAUCGUCGAUAGUGUCCAUCCUGCUCACAAUCUACUUCCUGCUCGUGCUGAGGAGCCAGUACAUCAAGAUGGGGCUCAGUACUAACAACGUGGCGAUGCAGCAGUACCACCCCGAAGGCCACCUGAUGAACGAGCCAAAAGUUUAACUCGUUCAACCAUGUUCAUUCACUAAGCAAUGCUUCAAUAAGUGUUCCAGUGGCGUAGGUUAAGUUAACACUGCCCAGUGCUAUGGCAGAAAGUCGCCCCGUUUUUUUUUAUAAAUGAGUUAGAUGCAUAAGAUUUCAGUCUGUACAGACUUCCUGUUCGCCGCGGUUUCGAAAACACCUACCUCGAGAGCCGUUGCUCCCGGUUAUUAUUACAUUGUGAAAAUAGGCGUUAAAGCCCACACAUCCGCAUUGGGGCAGUCGAGUCGAGAGUUUUCAGAGCGUACCCACCACGCUCUGAAAACUCUCGACUCGACUCCGAUAAGAGAGGAGGCCUGUGCCCACCAGGGACGUUUAUGGGCUGCGGAUGUUAACGGUCUGCGGAUGAAUACCAUGCCCGUCUUAAAGAUAUAUACUAUCACUAUGCUUAAUUUGUUGUUAAGAUCGGUUAAACCGUGCUUAUGUUUCAAAAAUUUUAAUCCCGCGGAUACGUUUUCUGGUGAUUUUAUAUAUUGCGAUUUUGUGUAUUACGUCAAUAAAGCGCUUUUUGUUUUUGAAUUAGUUUUUAAUCUCAGGAACUAUAAGAGAGUUUUAAAACAAAAUUGCCAGAUAAUUAAAAAGGUUAUAUUACAAUCAUCGUGCGUCGCGUCGCCACGCCAUCCAUAAGCCCGCCGAUAUAGAUGAUGUUUCACAUCGAAACAGUUUUGCGUUGAAUAGCUUUUAAUAACGGUUAUCAUAUAUCCAUCGUAAAUAGCCUAUCAGAGUUAUUGAACAGUCCACUGUUGUACUAAAGUCCCCCAAUGGGAGGGUUUGUAAUAUAUGGUAGUAGUAGCACAGAGAUCGCUGCUGGCCGUUAAUAGUUCUAUUCCCUUAGUCACUUCGUACGACACCCGGGAACACGUGGGAAGCGAAAGUGUGCUGACAAAAGUAUUCUGAUCUGACGGCCAGUGGAAAUGUAACUAAACACGGCAUAGCCAUUCCCGUGUUAUGCGACGCUCAUUUGUAAGGCUCUAAUAUUUCGGAGUAAUGGAGAAACUAAUGUUUAGCAAGCGUGCCAUAAAUAAUACCUACAUGAUUUUUAAUUACCAUACUUAAAAAACCAAUGAUGAUUGCAAAGGAACGCGUUGGAAACCAAGAAACUGAGGUUAUGAAAAUUACCCGCGGUAUGUAUGUCCGUCUUUGAAAAGCAAGUUGCAGGCUGAGCUAAAAACGAAUAACAGUAACAUUACCUUGGGCAUUACUUAAAAAAUGCAGGACAGGAUAAAAUGUAUCCCCUAUUUUCAAAAACAGUGACACAUAUAUCUUUAUUUAAAUCGAGCCAAAAUAUCAUCAAUUAAUGAGUUUCAAACAAACUUUGUUACGUUUAAAUCUGUUGUAAUAGUGGAAUUUCAAAUACCUAUCUCAGUAGAUGGUUCCGUCAGUAAAUAAUUUUCAAGAGAACACCUCUGGAUAUUUCUAAGGAUAUCUUUCAUCAUAUACACAGGCUAAUACUUUUUGAGUAAACCAGUGCAAUCGUUUUUACUGAAAUAAAUCAGAUACAG